GGCGCCCUCCCGCGGCGCCGGAACCCGAGCGCGGGGCGGGCGUUCCCCGCCGGGCCGCGCCGGCGCUGCGCUGCGCGGAGGCCGCGGGGCCGCAUGGCGAAGGCGGGCGCCGCAGCGCCGGGCCCGCAGCCCCCAGCCGGGCCCGCGGCCCGCAGGAAGGGCAGGAACAGGAAACCCCGGCGCGGCCGUGGCAGGGCGGCGGCGGCGGCGGCGGCCGGGAAAGGCCCCAGGGCGGCGGCGGCUCCCCCGCGCAGCCCCCAGGAGUUCUCGUCUAACUGGAAGGCGCUGCGGGAGCUACUGAAACAAAAGGCAAAUAGCUCUGAUGAGCCCGUCGCUGCGUGUCAGAAACACACUGGAAAGAAGCACAUGCUCAAAGAAGGAAAAGCCCAGGAAGGUCCCGCUGUCAACGGGAAUGGGAACACGGUGAAAUCCACGUCUGCAAAUAAGACAAACAAUGGUUUGGUUAAAGACAGUCCUCCUUUGGCAAAUACCAAACCCAAGAAGACUGCAAUGGACAAGAAUUCAAAUGGCGCCAAAAAGGACGGAAAAGGCUGCAAAGAGAAAAAGAAAAAUGGCAAUAUUGAAAAGGAACAGGGUGAUAUAAAACAUAAAAGGAGGAAAGCUGAAGAACAUGUGGAGCAGCAGCCAAAAGAGGCUGACAUCUGGUUUGACGAUGUUGAUCCAAAAGAUAUUGAAGCAGCAAUAGGACCCGAAGCAGCAAAAAUUGCCAGAAGAAAUCUGGGACUUGAAACAGGCCAAUCCAAAGAGUCUGUGGAAAAGGCGCUGGUUAAAGAAAAGGCUUCCGAAGGGCUGACAAGAGCUGUAGCCAUGGACUGUGAAAUGGUGGGAGUGGGACCCAAGGGUGAAGACAGUAUCGUGGCUCGUGUGUCCAUUGUGAACCAAUUUGGAAAGUGUAUUUAUGACAAGUAUGUCAAGCCUACAGAAGAGGUGACUGAUUACAGAACAGCUGUCAGUGGCAUACGCCCUGAGAAUAUAAAGACAGGAGAGCAUUUUAAAAUUGUUCAGAAGGAGGUCGCUGACAUCUUAAAUGGACGGAUUUUAGUCGGGCAUGCUUUACACAAUGACUUAAAGGUCCUGUUUCUUGAUCAUCCCAAGAAGAAAAUUCGUGACACACAAAAAUACAAGCCUUUCAGACAGAGAGUCAAGAAUGCACGGCCAUCAUUGAAACUGCUCUGUGAGAGACUGCUAAAUGUUCAAGUGCAGACAUCGGAGCACUGUUCGAUUCAGGAUGCGCAAGCAGCUAUGAGACUGUACACCUUAGAAAAAAAGCAAUGGGAAGCUGCUAUUAAGGACAAAUCUAAAUCUAAAGUGAAGAAAAAAUAAACUCUAAAGUUUGAAUAAUUCUACACUGUGGUUUUUUUGUGCAGCAUCUGCUGUGUUCAUGUCAAAUUCCAACAUAAAUUUAGAGAGAACUCAGAACUGACAACAGCUGCUUCAUAAAAAAGCCGAACAAACAACACUUCUUGAUGUGGUAUGUGAACACUUUUGUACAAGAAUACUGCAGAAGUAACCCCAGUUCUCGAGUGUACAUAUAUGCCUAAUGCCUACUACUGUUUGAACAAUACUUGUAAUGAAUGCCUGAAUUUGUGAAGUACUUCAUCAGAUCAACUUCUGCAAAGGAAAUAUACACUGAAUGAGUAAAAAGAAAAAGUGUUUUUAAAUUAUGAUACAUGAAGGAAGAAACUGUUAUUGCUUUGCUGAAACUCCUAAGACUACAAUCUUUAUUUCAAAUAUUUUAAAAUCCUACAAAGGCAAGUUCUUGGUUACUGCGGUUGGUCUCACAGUUAUAGUAACUAAAUCAACAGAAUAUAUAAGUGUUUAUGUAUUACUAAUGGCACAAUAUCAAUCUGUCUCAUUUUCUGAUGACAAAAUUCUUUUAAAAUAUUUCAGAAGGAUCCAAGCUUUUAUACCUGAACCAGAAGCCUACAGGUCUUGUUCUUAUACAAACAGCUUUUAUGUCACUUCUGCAGUUUCAAAAGUGUUGCAUCCACAAGGAUCAUUAUCUCCUGGAGAAAAAUGUGAGAAUUGAGAAAUACAACAUUACCUUGUUGCUUCACAUAUUUUUAUAUUCCUUUAUUAAUAAAAAAACCUGUGUUUAACAUA